UCCACGAAACCGCCAAAACCAUUCAACGUCGUGCUCGUCUCAACCCGCGUGAAGCGACAGGUGCCCCGUAGAAGCAUCUUGAUUCCAUACCUUCGACGUCCAGCGCAUGGCGAGAUUAUAAACCCGAGAACGCACCGCCACACGAGUCGCAGUCCCAGGGCCGCGAUUGCCGUCUGUCCCUCCGCGAUAAGGCCCACAUUGGGAAUUGAGGAUGACGCCGAUGCCGACGCCGACUUCGUCGGACACGUCGUAUGACCCUACGACGGCAACACCUACGUAUGGCACUGGGGCGGGCCCCCUAACGACAGUCUUCCAAACGCCAGACUUUUGUGCCUCAUCAUUAUGGCACGAUGCUAUGACACCUCCACUUUACAGCUCUAUCUGCAUGCCACCGAACUUCAACAAUUACUGGAAUUGGCAGAUAGGCUACUACUCACCGGGCAUCUGCCCCUCGGGCUACACCCAAGCGUGCGACUUUACGACAUCGCUUGCCACCUUCUCAACGUUCACAGACGAGCACGCGUCGUUAAAAUCAUGGCCAUACUUCGGAGGCGACGUGAAACCGGGCGAGUCAGUGAGGCUUUGUUGUCCAAGCGGAUACAACUGCUAUUCAACCGGGAUGAUGGGAGUCGGAUGGAGCUACAGCCUCUGCAUAUCCACAGUGCCGUCCACGACAUUGAGGGACCCCGAGGUAACAACCGGCACAGCGUACACGACGACAGAAAACCUGGCAUUUGCGAUACAAGUAAGGUGGCGGUCGGAAGACUUGAGCAUGUUAGAGACGAAUCCGACCGUGCCGGGGCAGACAAUCGUGCAGACCGAGGCUAUAACGCAGGAAGCCACCCCGCAGGCAACGCAAGGCGGAACGAACGUCUCAGAGGCGCCCGGACCAUUCUCCCGCGGAUCAAUUAUAAUCGCCACAUGUGUUUCAAUCGGAGUAUUCCUGUUGCUGUUAUUAACAGCAAUAUUAACCUGGCGUCUGGCAAGGAAGAGGAAGCAAGUGGCGGAGCUUCAGCAGAUGGGCGAAAAAGACAAUCAUAGUCCCAAGUUGGGCUCCAGCGCUGACACAGUAAGCACCAUGUCUUCGGGACCGCAUUCGCCCAACCCAGUCAGCCCCUUAACGGAUGCGGGAGCGCGCUCCAUCGCCGGGACCGUUAGGGGAUCCAGGAUGGCGGAGAUCGACUCGAGCCCGGUCGCCGAGAUGGCAACAGGGGACUCCAACGCGGCGGAGUUGGCGGGCGAUGCGACCAAGCCGGUGGAGCUCGCCACCGAGGAGAAGCCGAUCGAGAUAGAGACGAGAAAUUUCAUCGCCGAGUUACCAGGCGACAUGCCGGGCGGCAAUUGGAGGGAGGAUGUGAACGGUGAGCCGAAACGGAUGAAUACCCGGAAACAACCAGGAGAGAGCUGGAACUGGAUAUAA